GCUCUGUGAGCAGUUUCUUUAAAUGGUCAUGGCGAAGACAACCGAUUCCCUAAAUCUGUCCUUCCUCCUGGAGCACGAAAGGCAGAUGAUCCUCAGUGUUCUCCAGAAAGAUGAGAAACUCCGCAAGCGAGAGGAGAAACGCAUCAGGAAACUGAAAAAUGAGCUUCUAGAACUGAAGCGAGCCGGGCGGCGUAGUUCAGCGGAUCAGCGUGAGUGUGCUGUUUGUCUUCGUGCUCUGGGUCUCAUCUUGCAGAGGGGUAAUGUGUGCACUAACUGUCAUCGGCGCGUCUGCAACUUCUGCACUGCUACACCUCCAGACAGCAACUGCAGAUGCACUGUGUGUGCGAAGACCGCGGAGCUGAAGGUGGUUACAGGAGAAUGGUUUCUGGAAGAGAGAUCCAAGAGGUUCCAACAAGCCAGCAUUACCAGCAGUGAUGCAGUCAAACAGUCCAUCCUCAGCAGUCCUUCAGAUGGAGGCUCGGCUCACAGAUCAUCAGAGAUGGAGAGAUCGUCUACGCCACAGCCUGAGAGAUCAGCUACGCCCCAAUCCCAGAAAAGCACAGGGAAGAACAGGAAAGGGAAGAGAUCGGUUGCAGUGGAAUCAUCAGGGUUACCAACAGUACCCAAUAACAUGAGAGCACAAAUGGUGAAAACACCGACUCAGACGGAGACAAGAAACAGGCCGGAUGGGGCAGAGAGCGUGUCUAGUAUACAAAGCAGUGACAGCGUUCCUGAAAAGAUGGCGGAUGGGCGGAGACAAAUGGAUUCUAGCACACCCUCUAUUGCCGUAUCCAGAGCCUCCCUCUCAUCAGAUCGCAGUCGCUCUGAGUUGGACCUCAGUAAUCCUGGUGAGGGGCUCAGUGAAGACCCUCUGAUUAGUCGAUGUCACUCAGUUCCAGGCCUGAACGAUGUGGACUCGGAUGAGGACAUUGAUGCGGUGUUAUCAGCACACUACAAAACCAACCGGAGCAUCUGCAGCGCGCAAUCAAUGUCUUCUACACCUGCCUCGGAGAGAAAGUGGGGUUUCCUUAAUGUACCUGACUCAGACGCUGACACUACCAGCAUCAACAGUAUGAUGAGCGUGUACAGUGAGACGGGGGACUAUGGCAAUGUGCGGGUUUCUGGGGAGAUCCUGCUCAACAUCUCUUACAGCUAUAAAACAGGAGCACUCAACGUGCUCGUCCGCGAGUGCCGCUGCCUAGCAACCGGAGAUGAGAGGAGACAGCGCACGGAUGCCUAUGUUAAAACGUAUCUCCUGCCAGACAAGUCCCGUCAAAGCAAAAGGAAAACCAGCAUCAAAAGCAGCACCACUAACCCUGUGUUCAAUGAAAACCUGAGGUACGUGGUCAGUCACUCUCAGCUGGAGACGCGCACACUGCAGGUUUCUGUCUGGCAUCAUGAUCGUUUUGGACACAACAGCUUCCUGGGGGAGACGGAGCUGACCUUUGACUCCUGGCAGUUUGACACACAGUUAGAGGAGUGGUUCGCUCUGCAGCCCAGGAAUGAGUCUUAUGUGGACUCAGUGAUGCACUACAAAGGAGAAGUGACUGUGGUUUUGAAGUACAUUCCUGCAGAGAGAAAUCUCUCCCUGCCUCUGGACCAAGUGCAAGUGAAAAAAGGAUUUCUGAAAGGAAAGAAGACCAUCACUCUUCCUAAAGGAGGAAUGGUGGAGCUGCUGGUUAAGGAGGCAAAAAACCUGACAGCAGUCAAAGGAGGGUCCUCUGACCCGUUUGUUAAAGGAUACCUGCUGCCUGAUGACAAGAAAAGCACGAAGCACAAGACGGCUGUGGUGAAGCGCACAGUAAACCCACGCUGGAAUCACACCUUCACAUACUGCGGCCUGCAGGACAGCGAUCUGGACAGCGUGUGUCUGGAGCUGACAGUGUGGGACAGAGAGCCCUUCGCCAGUAACGUCUUCCUGGGAGGUGUGCGGCUCGGGGCAGGGACAGGUCUGAGUUAUGGGAAGGAAGUAGAUUGGAACGAUGCCUACGGGGAAGAGCAGCGGCUGUGGCAACGCAUGAUUGACAACCCUGAGGUCCCGCAAGAGUGCACCCUGAUGCUGCGGUCCAGCAUGGCCAAGAGGAAGACAUAGAGAGAAAUCAUCACAUCCGCUCACCUCUAGACACUUUAAAGUGCUCUUUAUGUUCUUUGGAAGUACUCAUACGCUCUCUAAAUUCUCAAGAUAAUUACAUGUACACACAUAUGCGCCACUAAGGUCCUUUUUACACCUGAUAAUAAGAUCCAUCUUGACUGAGACAGAUUGGCAUUUCAGAUUUCAAAGGAAAGAAACUCAGAUUUUAUGUCUACAUGCAUCUUUUAUGUCAGUGCAGUAACUGCAUGUUGUUAAAGCACAAAAAGUUCAAAAGAAAUCACACAAAGUCAUUUUCAGUCAAAGUUUAUUUUAGUCCAGUACCUGUAUUAAGCACCCUUCAAAAUAUGUUGAUCAGGCUUAUUGAAGAAAUGUUCUAAUUGGAUGGUUGAUUUUAAAGCUACAUGUAACUACUUUUCGGGCAGGUGUACACUGUCCUUCACUGACCUGUCUUCAUUUAGCUCUGACAGCUUGUGAUUGAACAGCUGAAAUGAAUCUGUCAGGUGUAAAUGGUGCGACACAAUACACUCCAACCCAGGUGUGAUUAUAUUUUCAACCAAAUGCUCACUGGCCAGAAUUGUGAAUAGCACAUGAAGACUAUUUCAAAAGAGCACAGAGAACAUGAUCAGCAAAGCUUACAUUUGUCCUGUAGGAACAAAGCACAAAGCACUUCCUCCAAACACACACACAAAAAAUACAAAAAUCUAUCCAAUUUGCACAGAUAGCACCUGCAUAUAACACUUGCACACAUGAGAACAAUGUACUAGAUGUGAUCAGUCAUUUCUAUGAGCACAUUUAUAUAGACAUGCAUAAAAGAUGUUAUGAUAAUUGUGUCAGAUCUGUCACAUGCACAUACAUUUGAUUAAAGAGAGACUGAUGCUGACUGAAAUUUCAUAGCUUAAAUUUCACUUUUAAUGUGAAAACAGAAUUGUGUUGUAAAAAAAAAGAAUAACUAAGGUCAUGUGAUUCAUUACGUUGAACUAGAUUUACAGUUCCUCCAAGAAAUUCCAAUGUUUUUGGUAAAAUGAUAGUUGUUAGCCCAAAUAGGAAAAAUACAUUUCUAUGAGACUAGUCACAAUUCAGCAUGCAAAUAUUAGUAGAUUAUUUCAUCUGCCACUGAUCUAUCACACCCCACUCUAAAGGGGAAAAAAAGCUAUAUAAUAUAACCAAAAACGCAGACACACCACAACAACAA